CGUAUCGACAUCGGUAAAACAUUGGUCUCGCGUGGUGGAUCGACGCCGACCAUCGAGCUUUAAUUCGUUUCGUUUCGAUUCUCUUUCCUCCUGUCGUUUCUUUCUCGUUCGUGUCGAGCCGAGAGCCGAGCCGAGCGAAAGGUUGUAACCGAUUCAGAAGAGAAGAGAGAUAAUAAACAGCCGAGCAGGAUGCGCUUCCAGAUCACCGUUCUAAUCGUGUUCGGAAUAUUGGCCGUGGGCUUGUCUUCGCCAGUACCAGGCCACAGUUCGCACAAACACGUCCGCAUCCACGUGCCUUAUCACGUGCAUACGGUCCAUCAUCAUCAUGUGAAGAAGGUGCCGGUGCAUCACGUAGAGAAGGUGCACGUUCCUGUUCCAGUUCCCAUCCAUCACGUGCAAAAGGUGCCAGUUCCAGUGCCAGUCCAUCACAUCGAAAAGGUUCACGUGCCUGUUCCGAUUGUCGAGAAGGUUCCUGUACCUGUCAAGAUAGAUCACGAAGAAAAAUGGUGGUAACGAGAGCGCUUCGCUCUUCGGCUUGUUAUUAUUUAGGUAAUUGAAACAAGAGAAAUCUUUCCUUUACGUUAAUGAGAUUCAAAUGAACAUUUAAAUAUUUUUUUUCAUAAACUUCGUUGUAACAAGCGAGAAAAAAAAAAGAACGUAGCGUUAACGAUAUAAAAAAUUUAUUUAGAGAUAUAAUAUUUAGAGAGACAUAAAUAAUAGGCUGAAAAUUAUAGUUAAAUAGUUAGAUUUGAAAAAUAGACUAAAGAUGAACAGACUUGCGCCAUUAUAGUUUUUACUUUAUAGUCGCUACAAUCGUUGCAACGAUUUAAAAUUGUGGGGGGAGGAGAGAACGAUUCAAGUGGCAAAAUAUUUGAAUUCGAAAGGACUAGGUUUAAAUUAGAGUCGAGUAGGAAAAUUCCGCACGCAGCAUCUGGAAGGACCAAAGGACUUUUCUUGUCGAUCUGUUGCAGGUUAUAUUAUAAAAUGAAGGCAUUCGGGUUACUGAUAGAAUUUUUCGUGAAACCUCUACCCUUUUGCUCAAUCAAAUCGUUCUCGGAAGUAUGACGCCGGAAAAUACAAGAAAGGACUAGUACAAAGUAUAACUUGAACCGCCUGCAUCUUUAGUCACAUAAGUCUGUAAUAUAGAACUAACAUCACUUGGUAUGCACAUACGUGUAUUUAGAUUAAUGAUACUUGUACAUACUGUAAUGUUAUCUUAUUUUUUAUACAAUACACGUGUCUGAGAAGUA